AUGUAUAUUUCAAAUUCCACCGGUGGUCUGAUGCUACAGACGAUGCUCUAUUUGGCGAAUCAGACGAGUAGAGCGGCAGUGAAUACAUUGGUCGAUCUGCCACCGGCGCAGAAGAGUGCUACGAAUGACGUUAAAUGCUAUGGUGUCUACGGCUGCUUUCCCUUGGAUGGUCCAUGGACGACAGAGACGCGACAGAUCAAUGUACAUCCACAGAAACCAUCACAAAUCGGUCCGCACUUCACGCUGUACACAAAACGAAAUAUGAAAAGUCCAAAAUUCAUAGAUCUCAAUGAUCCAGAGGCAGUGGCGCAUUUGGGCAUAAAUCCAGCGGGGAAAAUUUUUCUAGUCUCACAUGGUUAUUUGGAAAAUGGCAACAUCGAAUGGAUGAAGGAGCUGGCGAAAACACUGCUGCACAGCGAGCCCGAAGGCAAUGCGGCGGUUGUAUUGAUCGAUUGGGGUGGCGGCUCGAAUCCACCUUAUGUGCAAGCGGUCGCCAAUAUACGGCUUGUGGGCGCCAUCACUGCGCAUGUGAUACAUAUGAUUUAUGAGGAGCUCCAUUUAACCGAUCUGCGCAAUGUACACAUAAUCGGUCACUCGUUGGGCGCACAUUUGGCUGGUUACGCAGGUUAUCACUUGCAACAGGACUUCGGCUUGAAACUCGGUCGCAUUACAGGUUUGGAUCCAGCGGCGCCACUAUUUUCCGAAACCGAACCAAUUGUGCGCUUGGAUCGUUCCGAUGCAGAGUUUGUCGAUGCCAUACACACAGAUGCAAAUCCGCUAAUGAAAGGCGGUUUGGGUAUAUAUCAGCGUGUGGGGCAUGUCGAUUUCUUUCCCAAUGGCGGUUCGGAUAAUCCGGGUUGUGAUGUGCGUUUGCAGGACUAUAUGAAGGGGCGCAAAAAUUCUGUGCUUUCCAGCAUGCAAGAGUUCCUCAGCUGCAACCACAUACGCAGCUAUCAAUAUUUCACGGAGAGCAUACCCAAUAAGUGUCCGUUCAUGGGCAUCACCUGCGAGUCGUAUGAGGCAUUUAAAGAGGGUCUCUGCUCGCGUUGUGAUGAAAAUGGCUUGCUUUGUAUGCGUAUGGGCUAUCACAGUUAUACGGAUUACAAGGAAUUGAAAGCGGUGGGCGAAUUACGUAGCACGGAUAAGCCACCGGUGCUGUAUCUGAUGACAGGCGAUAAGAAGCCCUUCUGUCGCAUACACUACAAAAUCACCGUACGCGUAUCGGGGCAUCACGAGAGCACAAUGCAUGGCGGUGAGAUUGGCACCAUCUCUGUGCGCUUGCACUCGAGCAAGCAUAAUAAAAAGCCAGCAGAUCAUAUACGUUUCUCCGAAAAGCCCAUGUACUUUGAGCCGGGCUACGAGUAUAGCGCUUUGGUCAUAGGCAAGCCCGUGCCCGAUCCGGCGUCAUAUGCUUCGGUGUAUUGGGAAUAUCAAACGAAUUUCCUCAACCCACUGACAUGGCGUAUACUCUCGUCGCCGCGCAUUUAUCUCGAUUACAUAGAAAUUGAAUCGUUGGAGCAUCCGGAUAUGCUGCUGAAAUUGUGUCCGCUCGACGAAAGUGCUGUGAUAUCGGGUACAGAAAAUAUACUGCAGGAAAAGUAUUGCAAAUGAUGGCUGGAUGAAGCAGUAAAAGCACUCAUUUAUUGUACAACACGCUUGUUGUAAAUAAUUUCACAUUGAAAUGCCAUUUAUAACGCGAGCUACGACACACGAAAGUUCACGAGAAAAACAGCGGAAGUACGAAAAACAAAAAGAAGAAGAAGAAAAAGCACAAGCGCCGCUAUUUCCGUGAUAACAUAAUUGUUCUUGAUACGCUGCGCGCAACAUCUGUCUUGUGAACUGUGCAUUUCGGAGACACUGUCACCUUUUGUAGAUGUCGCUAGUGCAGUGUGUUAGUCCAGACAUGAACCUCUGCUUAAAUGAAGUACACAAACUAUUCAUACUUCUCUUAUGAGAACACUUAACUCAGCAGCUACACAUACCAUAUCUACACACUUCUCGUUGUAGAGAUUUAAUAUUAUUCUCUCUUCUCUGAGAAGAAUUUUGCAGAAAAUCUCAUCUCAGUCAAAUGAGAAGAGACGCCUAUCAUCUCGCUCACCAAUGGAGAACAGUUUUACCUGCAAGAACUCUACACUGAAUCAUUUGUAAAUAAGGUCACAUAUGCACACAUCCAUACAUACAUACAUACAUACAUACAUACAUACCAACAUACAAACAUGAAUACCAUAAAUCAAUCUACAUUACCUACUCUCAGCAUAACUGUUACUACUUAAUGCAUACAUACAUACACAUAUAUUUAUUAAAUAAUUUAUUAAAACUAAUUUUGUACCUAAUUUGUAGAAAUAAAUAUAUAUAUAUAUGUACAUAAAAAAAUGUAUUUAAAAUUAAAGCUAAUAAAAUAGUUAAGAAAAUAUGUGCUAA